CGUCAAAAGCUUUGUUGAUGAGUGUAUUCACACGGCAAGCAACAAUUUGUACCUUGGACACAUGUGCACUACUCACUCGAGUUCCAGGCGCUUCUGGGCCACCGGUAGCCUGGUUGCAUCAAAAUGGCUUGCAUUGAGGACCUCAACGAGGACUGCCUGCUUAAAAUUACAGAGUACCUGAACCUGGAGGAGCAACUGCAGCUGUGGCGGAGUAGCGAGCCCACAUCCCGCCUGCGAUCGGUGCUCUCGUACACAUGGCAGCAUCAGACCCAUCACAUUGUGGACCCCGAAACCUUCGGGCGAACUGGCCGGGACGUCAUCCAGGAAUUCCUGCAGUGCAUCCGCAGCACUGUGACGAAGCUCACAUUGCAGUACCUGGCCAUGGAUCUCCUCGAGCAGUGGAAGCCCCACACGUUUCCCAAUGUGAGCGAGCUGACCUACAUGGGCGAUGAAAACAGUGAGAUGGAUGGGGACUCCGACGUCGCGAUUCUGGUGGGCUGCUUUCCGCACCUGGAGGGCAUCGGGCUGAGCGGAAACGCCAGUGGCCAGCACAUUGGCCAGUGGAGGAACCUUCGCCGCCUGGACCUCCAGCUGUGCUGGUACCUCAGCACGCAGUGCUUCGAGGAAAUCUGCCAGAACCUGCAAUUAACCCUGCAGGCUCUAAGCAUCCAGUGGCACAGAGCGGAGGAGGAUGCCUAUGUGCGGGCCAUCUGCACGCUGCAGGCACUGGAGGAGCUGGAGCUGGACAUAGUCCACCUCGGAUCGGAAAACACCGCCCGCCUGUUGAGUCUACCCAAGCUGAGGAAGCUCCGGCUGCACAACUUCAGCCAGCUGGACGACCUACUCAGGGACAUCGGGAGCCAACGGGGUCGGGAUGUGGUGGCAGCCGCUUUCAGCGACAGCAUCUGGAUGACGCGCUCUGAGAUAUUGGCCAAGUUCCAGAGCCUCCGCUGCCUAACGCUCGUCGAUGAUGAGGGCUGUUGCGCCAUCGACUUCCGCACGACAGUCAUCAAGUGUUUUCCGCUUUUGGAGCAACUGCAUCUGGAGAACUCCCGCAUCUGGCCAAAUGCCGACGGUAUAUGGGACGUAGUGCUCGCCUGUCCGCGACUCAGGCUUUUCAGCCUGUCCAACCAGGUUCUUUACGACGACUUCUUUGCCUUUUCCAAGUCUACCAUGGAUCGGGCAUUGCACCAGCGGAUGGAGCCUUUGACCAUGCAUUUCUACAGAACCGGCAAAGAAGCUUUGAUUUCCCAGCACUUUAGGCAUCCCAAUCUAAAAAUUUGUUUCAGUCCCACAAACAACCUUUACUCACAAUUGUCUGGCGAAUCAAUGGAGCUGGAAUUUCUACUUCCCGAAUCGUGACCCUCACAAAGUGCGUAAUUAGUUAAUUAAUUUGAAGGACCAAAAUGGUGUUCUUUGAUUAAAUCCACUUCGUCCUUUCCACAUAUUAUUCCGCUAACUGGAUUUUGAUGGCUGUUAAAAAUAUAUAAAUAACAUAUUUAUAUCAAGCAUUAACUGCUGAAACAAUAUAGUCGAAACUUUUGUAUAUUUUACUUAUAAAUGGAAAUGUAAGAAUUUUGUCCAUUGAAUGAUUACUUAUAUCACACUUGUACUUAAAAGAUGAAAGAUAACCCUUAACCAUGUUCACAUAGGCCCUUAGAAGCUAAAAAAAUAUUUAACAGAUUCGGGCGUUCAAUAUUGGUCAUACAAUGUUAUUUAAAAAAAAACCUCUAAAACGUUAGAUUAAGAAAAUACGCCUUAAAAAGCAAAUGUGUUUAAUCUAUUAAAAUUGCAAUGUAAUCGUUUAAGUUUCAGUUUUGUGAUUGAUAGUUAUUGACAUUAUAAUAGUUACAGAAAAAAUAACGUGUGCGCCAACAAGAGGUAAAUAAGAACCAAAACCAAAAAAAAAACAUAUUAUUAAUAGAAAAUCCAAUCAAAACCUUUUAACAACGUAAAAAAUGUCUUGUUUUUCCCGCUUACGUUUUUAGCGGAUAAGUCUUGUUAUAUUUGAACUAAAUAACAAAAUUGAUUAAUACAAAAAUUUAAAAGAAAUUUGUAUUUGUAUAAACAUAUAUUAAUUUUUCUGACAGAACGUUUCUUACGUGUUUGAAAAUGUGUAAAACAAAGAUAUUUUUUAUAGAAGUGUACUAAUUUUUCGUGAUGAAUAAAAAUGUAUUGUAAAU